GGGAGAGAGGUGGAGAAGCAAAUUCUCUUCAAUGAGUUCUGCUACCCUUCCCGUCUUAGUCCCUUCCAAGCCCAACUCUUCACCCGAACCGGAGGAAGAUCCUCCCAACGCUUCCACUGCCCUCCUCUCCUUCAACACCGAUUCCUCCUCCCUAAACCACCCUACUCAGAAACCCAUCACCGUCAUCCUCUUCAUUGCCCUCCUUCUCAUCACCUGCAUCUCCCUCGCUGCUUGUGGCGCCUUUGCCUUCCUCUUCUUCUCCUCAUCUCGCGGCCCCAAAUCCUUUUCUCCUUCAGAAACUACGGCUCGCCCCUUCACCAAACUCGAUCAUCCCAUUGUUCUCCUAAUCUCUUCUGACGGGUUCCGAUUUGGAUUUCAAUUCAAGACCCCUACACCCAACAUAGGUCGUCUGAUCGCCAAUGGUACCGAGGCCGACACGGGUCUCAUCCCUGUCUUCCCAACUCUUACGUUCCCUAAUCAUUACUCCAUUGUCACCGGUCUCUACCCGGCUUACCAUGGCAUCAUCGAUAAUUAUUUCGUCGACCCUGUCACCGGCGACGCUUUCAACAUGCACAGUCACGAAUCGAAGUGGUGGCUGGGCGAACCCUUGUGGGAAACCGUGGUCAACCAUGGAAAGCAAGCUGCUACCUAUUUCUGGCCCGGUUCCGAAGUACACAAAGGUUCCUGGAAUUGCCCUUCGAAUCUCUGCCGAUAUUACAAUGGUUCCGUGAAUUUCGAGGAACGGGUCGAUACAAUUCUGCAAUACUUUGAUCUCCCCAGUAGUGAGAUACCUGUGUUCAUGACUCUGUAUUUCGAUGACCCGGAUUAUGAGGGUCACAAGGUUGGACCUGACGAUCCGGCGAUCACCGAAGCAGUUGCCAGGAUUGAUAAGAUGAUCGGGAGGUUGAUUGAAGGGCUGGAGAAGAGAGGGAUUUUUGAGGAUGUCUCCAUAAUUAUGGUGGGUGAUCAUGGGAUGGUUGGUACCUGCGAUAAAAAGCUCAUCUAUCUGGAUGAUCUCUCCCCCUGGAUUGAUAUCCCGAAGGAUUGGGUUCAGUCGUAUACUCCUCUGCUUUCGAUUCGGCCUCCUGCAGAUAUCUCACCUUCAGAUGUCGUAACCAAGAUGAUGAACAGUUUGAGUUCGGGGAAGGUCGAUAAUGGUAAGAAUCUCAGGGUUUUUCUGAAGGAGGAUCUUCCUGAACGACUUCAUUAUGUGGAGAGCGAUAGAAUCUCACCCAUAAUAGGACUAAUUGCAGAAGGGUUUAAGGUAGAGCAGAGUAGAUCGAAGCGGAAAGAAUGUGGAGGAGCGCAUGGAUAUGACAAUGCAUUCUUCUCCAUGAGAUCUAUCUUCAUUGGUCAUGGACCUCAGUUUGCCAGAGGUCGCAAGGUACCAUCGUUCGAGAAUGUCCAGAUAUACAAUCUAGUCACUUCUAUCCUUAAGAUACAGGGAGCUCCCAAUAAUGGGUCAGCUUCGUUUCCAGAAACUGUUCUUUUGUCUAGCCCCUGAUGUCCAGUUAAUGAGCAUACUUGGAGGGAUGUCUGUUGAAACAGUUAUGGUCAACACAGAGCAACACAAUUAUCGCCGAGGUAAUGCAUUGUAUAUGAUCGAAACAUCGCGGCAAUGGGUUUUCUGAGUUCUUAAAAUUUAACUAGACUAGAUUUUGCAGCAGUGGAACAAUGUUAAGUGGUCAUAGAAUUCCAUAUGAUCUCUUAUUUAUCAUGUGUAGAAUCUGUUGAUGAUGGCAUCCUUACAACUCUUUUCCAUC